AUGGCUCAAUCAUUUGACAUAUGUGAACAUAUGAUGCUUGGUCAAGCUAUUGCUGAUAAGUUUCAAGCAUCGACUGAUAUGGCUCUUUCACUUGGUAAAAGUUUACAAAAAUAUAAAGCAUUCAAGGAAUCUAGUGUCAUGUCUCAUUAUCUAUAUUUAUACCAUCUCUCAAAGCCUAAUGUUGGUGAGACAACUAAAUUAGUUUAUCAAGAACUUAAAGCAACUAUAACAAAAGCACCAAAUAAAUUAACAAGGGAACAAUUUAAAUUUCCAAUAGAAAAAAUCAAAAAUGCAUCACAAUCUGCUCAUGAACAAUUAAAAGGACUUUCAAGUGGAUGUAAUCCUGCUCUACGUUCUUUUCCACUUGCUUGUUGUCCAUGGAUCAAUGACGAUACUCUUUUUCAAAUAGCAUGUGAUGAAGCACAGCUUACGCAUUAUAGUAAUACAGCUGCACAAGUAUCUGGUUUGACGAACUUGAUUUGUCGACGUUUAAUCAAAGGUGACGAAUGGGCUGAUGCUAUCAAAGCUGCUUUUACAACUGUCCCCAAUCUGUUGGGUGAAAUUCAAGAAAUUCAACAUCGAUAUCAAAAUGAUACUGUUCUGAAUUCUCGUGUACAUGCUGCAUAUGCACCAAACACGUUACAUACUGCUUUAUAUUGUGUUACAAAGGCUGAUUCAUUUGAAAGUGCUUUGAAACAUGCAUAUGAACUUGAUAAACUUUUUUGUCCGAUUCUAGUCGGUAUAUUAGCUGGUGCUCGAUGGGGUGUGCCAUUAUCAAUGUUAGACAGGUGUCCUAAAGAUAAACUAAACGAAAUACAUCAAAUAGCAAAAUGUUUUACUGAUGAAUGGACGAAACAAUUAGAAAAUGGACAUAAAAAGACUAUUUCUUCCUUGUUAAAGUUAUUUCCUUGA